UCAGUUCAAAGUCCUCAAAGCUUUGCACAAUACGAAAGCUUUGUUUUAUUUUUAUUUACGCAUCGAAAAUAUUUCCCUUUAGUUUCCCUCCGUAUUUAUCAUCCUUCAACACGACUUUUCUCUUAUCAGCAAUCGCGAGAAAAAAUUUGUUACUGAAACACAUCGAAAAAUCGUGAAAUAAAAUAGCAAAAUCCGUAGAUUUCCUUUUAUGAUACCAGUUCCCCAAAAAUGGCCUCAAAUCGUAUAGAGAACAUGGUGCUUACUUCAACACUCCCAAAGCAGACUGAUCAAAGUGUUGCCAUCGACAUAGAUUCAAAUCCUUCGCAACCACUGAUUGUUAAAGAACAAUUUCCGGAUCUUAAGAUUUACGGCUCUCUUGAUGAGUUCCACAAAAAUCUACCAGAAACUGUUGUAUGGUGGCAAGCACCAAAUGGUAAUAACAUUUAUCUUGUAGGCACAGCGCACUUUAGUGAGGCAUCGCAAAGAGAUGUCGCUUUCGUAAUCAGAAACGUCCGACCUCGAACUGUAGUUGUUGAAUUGUGUGAAUCUCGUGUUCAUAUUCUUAAGCAUGACGAGAAAACUCUUCUAGAAGAAGCUAAAGAUAUUAAUAUGCAGAAAGUUAGAAAUGUCAUAAAGACGAAUGGAUUUUUUAAUGGAAUGUUUUACAUUCUCUUACUGAACAUGUCAGCAAAGUUAACAAAAGAGUUAGGCAUGGCUCCUGGUGGUGAAUUUCGCACGGCAAUGAAAGAGGCUUCAAAAAUUCCCAACUGCUUAGUUCAUCUUGGUGAUAGGCCAAUUAACAUCACACUUCAACGUGCUAUUAAAGGUCUCAGUUUAUGGCAAACUUUGAAACUUGUUUACAAACUUAUGUCGUUCGAUGAUACAAUAACAAAAGAAGAUGUUGAGCAAUGCAAACAAAAAGAUUUACUCGAAGAAUUGAUGAAAGAAAUGGCUGGAGAAUUUCCAGCAUUUGGUGAAGUUUUUGUCAACGAACGCGACAUGUUUCUCGCUCAUAGUCUUCAAAGAGCAUCGCUUUCUUCCUCGAAUUUAAUGAACGCUAGAACGCAAAGUGCAGUUAAUAAAGGUUCAACAAAUGUUGUCGCUGUCAUGGGCAUUGGCCACAGUGCUGGUGUACAAAAAUUCUUUGGACAACCCCUUGCUGAUGAAAUUCCCCGAAUCAUGAUCAUUCCAAAAGCUCCCUUAAGCACAAGAAUUUUUAAGAAUACAGUAAAGUAUGGAACUCUUACUUUAAUCGGUUACGGCAUCUAUCGAUUUACGGCUCCUUACUUAAGGAAACUCUUGUAAUUAAUAAUCAAUACAAACGAAACCAGUUGAACUGAAAGAAAUAAAGUAAAUUCAAUUUCCUGCUCUUCUUAAAGUAUUAAGUAAUCAAAUUAAAAAUAAAUUAUCUUUGUUUUAUGUAUGUUUGUUCGUUUCUUUUGUUUUUGAAAUAAUAAAAAAAAGUUUUAUUUUAAUUUCUGUUUAUUCGACAGUUUCACGCUGGUUGAUUUUAAUAAAAAUGGAAUGAAAAAAAAUGAUCGAAAACAAAUGUUUAAUUUGUGAAAAUUGUUUAUCAUCACAGUUUAAGUUUUAGUCGAAGUUUUUUGCACAACGGAAUGAGAGAUUUCCUGCUGAUGAAUCUUCGGAGUUUUGAGACCGGGAGGCACAUCGAUAACGAUAGCAAUAAGAGAUAUGACAGAGAUAACUUCCACCUUUCUUUACUCUAUCUGGAUUUUCUUUUUUAGCUUGUUGCCCGUUCCAAAGGUCGCUCGUCCAUUCCCAAGCAUUACCAACAAUGUUGUACAAAUCGUAAUCAUUUUGACGGUAUUUAUCUACUGGACAUGUUGAGAUUUCACCAUCUUCAGCUGUGUUGACGUCAGGAAAUUGUCCUUGCCAAAUAUUCAACCAAUGUUGAUCUUUCGCCAUCAAUUUAUUGCCCCAUGGAAAAAGUUUUCGCUGCUUUCCACCACGACAAGCAACUUCCCAUUCGUGCUCAGUUGGAAGUCGUUUUCCUUUCCAUUUACAGAAGGCUACAGCAUCAUUCCAUGAGACAUGAACAACGGGAUGAUUUAAUCGAUCAUCAAUUGAUGAUCCUGGACCUUCGGGUUGCUUCCAAUUGGCAUCUUUUAUUUUGAACCACCACGGCGCUUGUAAUACUCGAAAAUCCUUGUAUUCUUUUUGAGUUUCAGGACUGAGAAAAAUCUUAAAAACGAAACUAUCACCGAAUUUUUCAGCCUCACUUUUAUACCCUGUAGCUUUGACAAACUCUAGAAAAUCACUGUUCGAUACUUCAAACUUAUCAAGAUAAAACUUUUGGAUUUCGAUUUCUUUCUCGGGGCCUUCAUGGUCCGCUUCAAAUACCGGUUCGUUCGUACCAACAUGAUACUUUCCACCAGGAAUCAAUGACAUGUUGUCAUAGUCCUUGGCAUGCUUCAUUAUACUUCCUUGUUCGUCAUCGUCGUCAUUUUUUUUACCAGACGUCUCAGAAUUUUCAGAUCUUUCAUAUUUUUUAGCCCUUUCUUCUCGAUUUGCGGCCGAACAACCACAAUCAGAGUUUGUCCCACUUAAAAUUGCUAGAAUUAUCAGUAAACAUACGAUGAAAUAUUUAUAAAACAUUCUUUAACAGGCACAGUUGAUAAUUUUUUGCAGUCGAAGCUUAAG